AUGACCGUGGGAGCCACGGGGGGUCAGGGCCAGCGAAGAAAACCUUUCUCAUGUGUCAUCUGUAAGAGGCGUUUUGCUUUCAAAUCUGUUUUUGAUGCUCACAUGAGAACUCAUACGGGUGUAAAGCCGUUUACAUGUGUGACCUGUGGAAAGAGUUUUAGUCAAAAAUCUAAUUUAACUCAGCAUAUGAUGAUUCACACUGGUGAAAAGCCGUUUUCAUGUGUGAACUGUGGAAAAAGUUUUUGUCUAAAACAGCAUUUAACUCAGCACAUGAUGAUUCACACUGGUGAAAAGCCUUUUUCAUGUGUGAACUGUGGAAAAAGUUUUAGUCGAAAACAGGUUUUAACUCAGCACAUGAGAAUUCACACAGGUGAAAAGCCGUUUUCAUGUGUGAAUUGUGGAAAAUGUUUUAUUCAAAAAUCUAUUUUAACUACGCAUAUGAUGAUUCACACUGGUGAAAAGCCGUUUUCAUGUGUGAACUGUGGAAAAAGUUUUAUUCAAAAACAGGAUUUAACUCAGCACAUGAGAAUUCACACAGGUGAAAAGCCGUUUUCAUGUGUGAACUGUGGAAAAUGUUUUAAUCAAAAAUCUAUUUUAACUAAGCACAUGAUGAUUCACACUGGUGAAAAUCCGUUUUCAUGUGUGCACUGUGGAAAAAGCUUUAGUCAAAAACCGGCUUUAACUCAGCACAUGAGAAUUCACACUGGUGAAAAGCCAUUUUCAUGUGUGAUCUGUGGAAAAAGCUUUAGUCAACAACCGGCUUUAACUCAGCACAUGAUGAUUCACACUGGUGAAAAGCCAUUUUCAUGCGUGACCUGUGGAAAGAGUUUUCGUCAAAAACAGGAAUUAACUCGUCACAUGAUGAUU